AUGGGCGAUGUCAGUGUAGAUCCGUCAGAAAAAGUGCAGGAGAUAUGGGAAUACUUGUCGAUCAAGGAUCGCGAAGCCUCGAGGGCCCUGUCGGCUCGUUCACCUCAGCCGGCAGAGUACACCUGCGAGUGGUUUGCCAAUAGACUUUCUCAGAUACGAUCAAGCGAGAGUCAAUUAUUUACGGUAACCGGUGACACGGGUACAGGGAAGACUGUUUUAUCUGAGUGGAUCAUCCAGCAACUUCAAACAUCAACCGAUCCACAAGACUAUGAUGUGGUCACAUUCAGAGUUUACGACGAUAUCAGCGCUACUACCGGUCCUAUAGGAUUGGCGAAAGGGCUACUACUGGAGAUACUUGGACGACAAGCAAAGGAUGGAGACCUGCUAAGGGCUCUGGAGCACUCAAUGAGCCUCCACUCAUCCGGGGCUUCCAGCAAGAGUGUGGAGGACUCUUUAUGGAGGGCUUUAAACAUAGCCGUGAAAGAAACAGGCAAAAUGAUGGUCAUCGUCGAUGGUGUCGACAGUCUCAACGGGGAUCCCGAGGUUAUUCCACGUCUCUUUCAUCACUUGCAAACGUUGGUUUCACAAAGCCCUUCAAUUAAAGUGAUUGCCUUGUCCAGGCCCCUGCAUGGCGUACCUGGUGAGGCCUAUCGCAUAAAGAUCGAGCCAAGCCAGACAGCCGGCGAUGUCCGAACAGUAGUUCGAAAUGAAAUUGAGUCCUCCGAAGUCUGCAUUGGACUAUCAUUAGAGGACCGAGAAGAAAUUGAAGGUGGCAUUGUGAAGAAAGCCAACGGAUGUUUUCCUAUUGCGCAAUUGGCAGUCGGUCAGUUGAGUGCCCUAAGAACUUCAUCAGACAUGAUAUCCUUGGUGCAAAAAAUACCUUCCUCGCUUCAGGAUAUGUUGAAACAGACACUCAAUUCGAUAGACUUGAGCGAUUGGUCGGCACGAUCAUUGUUGGCUUGGACGAUCGUUUCCCACCGCCCCCUGCGAGUGCAAGAGGUUCGUUCUCUUCUGGAGAUCGACACGAAAAGAACGGAGGUUGUACCUCGCGUGGGCAACGUAGAAGGCGACAUCCGUCGGAUGUUUGGAUCUUUUAUUACAAUCGAAAACGAAAUAAUUUCUUUUAGAUCCCCUGCUCUCCGACAGUUCCUUAUCAAUCAGGCGAAAUCAGCCGCUAGUGACAGCGGCAAAGGAAAACUGCCUUUGACCAUGAAGGAGGCACAUUCCGACCUCCUUACACGAUUAUUGGCUUAUGUGAAGCUCAGUGUAACUGAUGAGGUAGAGGUGUCCACGACGUCAUUAAGCCAGUCUGCCCAACACAGAUAUUUCGACCAAUAUCAUCUUCUUGAGUAUGCGGCAAGGUAUUGGACACUGCACUUCAGGUCUUCUCAGAUGAACGAGAAGGAAAGAGACAGCUUCAAGGUCACCAACCUAUUCAAAAGGAGCUUCCCGGACUCCGUUUUGCUCGCACUGCUUGAAGGUGGCUGCAAUCAACUGCAAUAUCUUCCAUACCAGGUGCAGGAGCUGCAGGCCUUUUCCGUCCAACUUCGUCGGCAGCUCCUCCCAGACCUUUCCCUAUCACUGUUGCAAAGCUUAAUCAACGCAGCGCAAACCUCACAGCAGCUCGAAUCUUUUGACGCUAUUGACUAUUCAUAUGAGGCGUGGAGAAAGAGCAGCUCCCUCUUAGGAUCACGCAGCAUUGUUACGAAAUUUAGCGCCGAAAUCUUCAUUGACGCUGCAUCACAAAGAGACUCCAAACACGAGGCAUUUUUGCACCAUAAGGAAGAAAUACUAGAGUAUCUGUUGCAGGCGUCAAAGGAAGAACUUGGGUUUUCAAACGAUAUGACAAUCAAAUACACACAGAUGCUGCUCGAUCACUACGCCACCUUAGAGCGCAAGGAGUCUGUGGGGAGGUUAUCCAAAGAGCUCUUUGAGAUGAGCAUUGCUCGAUAUGGUCAACACUCUCAGGAGAUGGAGAAGAUGACCCAGCACAUAUACAGACAACUCGAAAGACUUUCUAUGUCUGAAGUUACUGCAGAAAUAUUGCAAACCGAGCAUGAAUUCUCGAAACAGAGUUUAGCUGUCACCGAUCAACGUAUGAUCGAUUCAACGUUGCAAAUGAUAAAGAUUUACGAGGAAAGCGAAGAAACCUCAAAAGCUGAUGCGCUCUUCAUGGAUACUUGGAGAAAGCUUCUAGCUGUUGAGGAUACGUCGGGUACUGUCACCAAGCAACAAGCAGAGUUCACUAUGAGGUACGCCGAGUAUCUCGAGCGGCACUCUCGUAAGGGCGAAGCAGAGUCUGUGACCAGCGCUGCAUGGUUCUGCUUGAAAUCUCAGCUCUCUCGCUUUGACCAAUUAAGCUCAACCUUUGAAUUGGUACUCGGUCAUAUUCGGAAGAUGAAAUGGGAGGCGCUAGCUCAGUCCGCCAUGGAAACAUUGUGGGAAUAUCGCAAGUCCCAGAAGCAAGCCUCACAUCAGCUUGUUCAAGUCACCGCGUCGUUAGCCCAGACUGUGCAGCAGUCCAGCUCUACCGUUUCGUCAAGUGAGGCGUCGAUGUCUGAGGAACAAAUCGACUUGAUUCAUGAGAUUUUGGAGUCUGCCAAAUCGGCAGGAAUCCAGUCAUCCGAUACUACGCUAGCAUCAAUGAAGGCCGCUAAGCAGGUGGCGUCUUCUUUGAUGGAAAGGGAGCAAUACGCGGAGGCUGCUGGUGUAUAUCGUCGGGCUCUGUCUCAUCUCUGCUCCGAGAUUGACAGCAAGCCAACGACGAUCCGGCUCACUGAGAAUGUUGAUGAAACGGUCCAACUAGCAACAAGCCUCGCGGAGUGUUACUUCAAGGAUCUGCAAAUCGACAAGGCGGCACUCGUUUAUCAGAACGUCCUAAAUGCCGUGCUCUCUUCCGAUGAAACUGACACUCAUAUGGUUCGAUCCACUGCGAACAGAGUUAUCACGUUUUACCGGACCAUAUACCGCUUCGUUAAGGCAAUAACCACAUACGAAGCCUUAUAUAAGAAUAUUUCGUCGCGCUUAGGGAAGACCCAGAAGCAGAGUAUUGAGAUCUUGUACGAGUGGGGGGACCUAGCAAAAAGGUGUCACCACAAGCAGGAAGCUGAACAAGCGUAUCAAGAGAUAUACAACAAUCUUCGCCACAACGGUCAGUUAGACUAUCGAGCCAUUGCCGCUGCUCGUGGUCUAGUAGCAAUUUACGAAGAGACUGAAAGGUGGACAAAGGCAAAGGGGGUUUAUGAGACGCUGUGGUGGACAAUUUCCAGCGGCGACAGGAACCAUAUGCUAAACAGUGAGCUUGUCGAAGAAGUCUACCAGCAUUACAAGACGUUGUUGGAGACAAAGCUGGACGCAGAUAUCGUGGAAAUUCAUGAUCUGGCAGCCAGCUAUCGCAAGAUGUGCCAACGAUGGUAUGGAACCUAUAGUAGACAGAGCUACGAGGCAACACUUUCUUUAGCCAAAAUCUCUCGGGGGGAUGAGAGAUACCAUGGCGAAGCAGUGGAACUGUAUGAGACAGCUCUUCAACAAUACGAAACCUUCUCUGAGCGACCGGAAGUGACCACAAUGGACAUGAAACACUGUUUGGCUGAUCUUUAUGCCCGCCAGUCUCGGACCACUCACAAGGCUGCCACACUAUACAGAGAAGAAUAUACUUCGUCCGUUCAAGAGCAUGGAUAUGCGUCUCGGGAUCAUAGUCUUCCGCAGUUGCGGAAAUUACUAAAAUUACUACAUCGACAGAACAAUAAAGUCACUCGCCAAGAGCUUCAGGAGACGCUUGAGAGUAGUACUGUGGCAGCUUUCGAAGAGAAGAUCGAUAGCCAGCAUUUGUACACCGCGGCUGUCGAGCUCGCGAAAAUGUACGUAGAUUUUGGAUUGAAGGAAAAGGGGGUCCGACGUUCGAGAGAACUCCGCCACCGACUCAUCAAAGAGGCGAUGGAAACGAAGGGGUCUCAUAGAGCAACUAGUUUCGUCGUCGCUUUCGAGAUGACUCUGCGAAAUAAUUGCAAUUAUGCAUCCAUAAUUGCCGACCUGAUGGCAGAGAUUCAACUCUACUCAGCAUUCCAUCACGCCAGAAAACAGAGAGGCUUCAUCCACACAUUCAUUGCUGGCAUCCGCUUGAUGAACUUCCAAAGCCUCAAUGGUUGGACUGAAAACGCUAACGCCACCGAUGCAGAAUUGUUCCAGUUGUUUACUGAGCGGUUCGCUGGCAUUGAGACAGGCAAGACCGUUUUGCGAGAGUUCUAUGACAUCUGCAUCUCGCAGGCAUCCCAGGGAAGCCUAGUGAGGAGAUUGACUCGCGUGAUCGUCGAUAAUGUUUAUCAAAAGCUGACUACCGGCGGUUUCCGACCGGGGUAUAGCCACGCCGCCAUACUUCACGAGUUCGUCAAAGAUUCCGGUGGAUUUCAGGAUCAGGACAGUACUCGAGAUGGCGUCAAACUCUCCGAGCAUCUUCUUGUGCAAGGGUCGCGAAAAUGCUCCGAUCGUGGACUGAGCGGGAAAAUGCUAGUACUCUCUAAGACUAUCUUGCAUGAGAUUAUCUCUUCUUAUCAUGAGAAAGGGGUGAAUCUCACGGAUUUUGAGACCACAGACCUCAACCAACUUGCAAUCUUGUUAGGUGGCCAGAGGAAUUUUGAAGAUCUAGAGUUCCUCCUGAACGAGUUGUGGUCCUCUCGUGUUGUUCAAAAGACCUGGUCUUCGGAUACUAUAAUUCUGGUGGGACGACGACUAGUCGAGGCUCGCUUCUCAAAUGGUCGGACCACGCAAGCGACUCAGCUAUGCGGGGGCUUAUGCUAUAAUGUUAAGCGAGUCUGGGGUCCAUUUGAUCGAAGUGCUCUGGAGUUGACGAAUCUGCUCUCGGCUCUCUACACUGCCGAAGGUGAUCACGUUCGCGCGAUGGGGGUACACGAAUCGGUUCUGCGCCAGCUGCUCGAGGACAGCACGGAUAUCAGGCUGUCGGAGGCGGUUGAAAUCGCCUCCAAGCAAACGGCACUACUCCAAAGAUGCUACCAGCGCAACGGCGGCUGGAGCAAGGGGUCGGGGAGGUACGAGAACAUGUUCGACCGACUGAAUGAGAAAUUUGCCAAAGAGAAGAAAUGGACGGCACGAAAUCCACAACACUGGACGGUCAAAGAAGUUGACAAGCUGGGUGUUUGGGAGGCUCCACAUGAUUAUGGAUUCCUCAUGGCCGGCAAGGGCACUACACAUCAGAACCAGCUGCGCAAGGCCAGUGAGCCUGACAUUGAAACCUUUGAAAACAAGCACCAAAUUGGGAGGGCUCAGGGGGUUUCGUGA